CAGGCAACACAGAUCUUCCCAGAGCCAGCACGGUGGACACACCGAGUCAGGGAGCUCAUCAGCACCACAUAACGAGGCAGUAUGGCAGACGUGGAACGUAACGAUGGUGAAUAUCAGUCGCAACAGCAGCAACAAGCGCAGCAGCAAGACUACGAGAACGGGGGGCCGCCGCCCCGGCGCGGCGGCGAUGGUCAUGGAGAAUACAACCAACCCAACAAGAUCUUUGUGGGAGGCGUGGCCUGGCAUACGACAGAAGAAGGGCUGUCAAGCUAUUUCGGCAAAUAUGGGGAGCUGACGGACGUGGUGCUGAUGCGGGACAAGAACACGGGCGGGCCUCGAGGCUUCGGCUUCGUGUCCUUCGCUACGCCUGCAGCGAUGGAGGCGGCCGUUUCCGAAGCCCACAUGCUCGACGGCCGAAACCUCGACGUGAAGAAGGCGGUGCCGCGUGAACAGGCACCUGCUCCAGUCCGAGCCAUAUGGGGGGGCACGGGUGCGGGGCCGCAGCGACAGUUCCAAGACAUCAAGAAAGUCUUUGUCGGGGGGUUGUCACCAGACGUGACCGAGGAAGCUUUCCGCGCCUAUUUCGACAAAUUCGGAGAGAUAACGGACGCGGUCGUGAUGAUGGACAGGACCACGGGCCGCAGUCGCGGCUUCGGCUUCGUCACUUACGCCGAGGAGGCGGCCAUGAAGAAGGUGUUGAGUCAGCAGCACGACAUGGAGGGAAGGCCUAUGGACGUGAAGAGGGCCGAGCCCAAGGUCCCCGAUGCAGGGGCUGGAGGAGGCUAUUAUAGCGGAGGGGGG